UUUGGAUGCAUUACGAACAUGAAGCAAUAAAAGACAAGCUGACAUAUUUGUUAGUGAAUUAUACUUCGUUGGUGCUCAAGUCUUUAACAUCAAGCAGACAAUGUAGGAUGAUAAGGUUUGUUGGUGCUCAAGUGAGCACUUCGUUGGUGCUCAAGUCUUUAACAUCAAGCAGACAAUGUAGGAUGAUAAGGAUGGAUAAGGCUUAUCGGGAGACGGGAUUGGCUCUAACGCUCAAGGAUAAAAUUAGCGAGGACGAUAAGAAGAAGGUUUUGGACAAAUGUCAGGAAACGCUCUCUUGGUUAUACGCCAACCAGACUGCUGAGAAGGAAGAAUUUGAGCAUCAUCAAAAGGAAUUGGAAGCUAUUUGUAAUACGAUCAAUUUGAAGCCUUACUGGUUUAACAUCAAGCAACCAAUGGAUGAUAAGACGUGUGCUUAACAACAAACACUCCUCGUACAAGCGUGUCAGAAGCAUCAACAGCUACACAAGACAAUAUUUUAUUGGAAGAAGUGUUCUUGAUGAGCAUUGGACUGCAACAAAUUGAUGAUGAAUUACAAGGAUGAGAGAAGCUAAAAAAUGUGGCAAAGAUGCUUCCGCCACAUUUAAAGGUCCUGAAAUUUUUUUAAUAGUAAUAUUUUUCUAUGUUUUUGUGUGCUUUUCCGUUUACACGACAAUUUUAAUUUAUAACUCAAUUUUUAAUGAUUUCCAAUCCAAAAUUACAAAAACUAAGCUUUUCAGAAUUAAGCAAAACGUUAAAAUUUUAAGUGUAAGUGAAGAACGGAAAAGUACAAAUUUUUGCCACUUGUAAAAAAAAGGUUUGGGCCUCUUCUUUACAAGUGGUAUUUUUUUCAUUUCGCUUUUUUUUGUGGUUAAAAAUUGUUUGGGGUUCCUCCUCCCCUCCUCCCCGGGCGUCCUCACUCUCGAAUCUAUCCAAUCUCAAAAACUUAAGACAUUUCCCUAUCCUCCAAAACUUUCUAAACUAAGAUG